AUGCCUCAAAAAGCGGAUAUUGAGCGAGUGAAAAAUCUUGCUACCGGGGAUGCCCGCCGCUCUGUGCCAUUGCCCGAUACAGCGUCUAUGCUCGUUAAGCGUCUCAAUGAUGCUAUGAACUACUGGGACGAAAAUCCUGACGUGUACCAUAUGGCCUCUGAAAACAAGAAUAUCGAGCAACACCACACAGUUGACCACCCGUCAUCCGCUUUUAGUGCUAUGGAGCGGUAUUUGAUCUCCGCAUCACGUCAAAUUCUUAACAUGGGAAAAAGGAGCUCAUCACCCGCAGAUUUCCAGCAUAUACAGUCAUGCAUGGAUGCUUCUGUGAAUGAACAACUGGAUAUUGAGUUACCUUACGAAUCUGUUCCCAAACCUGAGCGUCGUGUGGCCUUAACGAACGCUAAAAGUGCACCUGACGAUAUCAAUACAGCCUUAGACGACGGUGUUCUGCUCUUAUGCUACAUUGAAUUCUCAGAACUCGGAAAGGAAAAAAUCAGUAUAUGCUCUGGUUUUGCUGUUCAAGGUGGCGAUAAGUUGGCAAGUACGGAUACGGAGGCGAGUGGGCCUAUCAUUGUAUCUUGUGCUCAUACGCUGGAAUCUGUUAUGCAGAACUAUGUUAAGCCAAAAGGCUCUUCUGCAGAUAAUGAGAGUAUUGUACUUGCCAUGACGCGUUUGGGUCAUAUUUACCCUGUCCAUACUCUACUGAGUUAUCUACCUGGCCAAGAUUUAUCGCUUUUUCAACUGAGCCCUAACGCUUACAGCUUUGAUCUGGACUCUUUUCAAGUAACACCUUUGCAUGAUACGAGUAUGAGAACACUACCCGUAUCUCCGUACCCAGCAGUCAUCAACACCGAGCUCUCUGUCAGCUCUUUUGGUGGUUGGGUUCCUGAUGCUACCGCUGGCUCUUUUUCGAUUAAAGAGGGCCUGACCCAACAUGAUGUUGUCCGAAACCGAUGGGCUCAUGCCAAGCUUACUGGCUACCGUGAUCCAAUUGGGCGUCAAGCGGAAACUGGAACUUAUGAUGAGCUGGCUCAACUCGACUUUCAACUGGACUGGGAUUCCGAGGAAACGCCGGAAUCACUUCGCGAAGCUGCAAUGCGGUCAACGGCGGUAUUCCCUAUUCCCGGCUCUUCGGGAGGGCCUGUAGUGGACAUCCACUCUGGCUGUGUUGUUGGUGUAGUACGCGGCCAGCGGUCUAGCGAGUUGGGCGAUGUUCGUGGCGACGCUGUACCAGCCGAAAAGAUUUUUGAAUUCUUUGCCCUUCCCGGUUUGGGAAAGCGUAAGUAG